CAAUCAUGUGACUGCUCAACGUGUCACGACUUGAUCAUUUGGUCAUCACUUUUGCUUUCACUCUCACUCUCACCAUGCCUUAUCGACCCCCUCCCUCCAACAAUUCUGACUCAGACAUGGAACAUUCAAGGUAUGUCUCGAACCCAGAGAGAGCGGUGUCAAAAUGUGCCACAGAAGACGCACACCGCACACCGAAAAGCACAGCACAACACAAGUAAGCUUAUCUUCUUCUAUUCUUGUAUGAUGAUUAAGACAUCUACAAGAGCACCGCAUGCUGAAUCCCACGUGGAAUUGAUCUCUAUGAAGAUCUCCAUGACGUCUUCCGUGUCGGCAUGCGCAUACAAUAUGGGCGCCAGGCAAGAUUGGACAAGGAAUCGGGCAGCGAUGAUAAUUCCAGACACUUUACUGAUGAUCUUCAUCUAUAGGCAAAAGGAUCAAAAGACAUACCUCAAGAUUUUCAAACAGGCCCUUAACCUCAUCCCUGGCUUACGUGCUAAGGCCAAGUUUGAAGGUAAUAAAGACUCUUUUCAUGCAUUGCUUGAUAUGAUGAUCAAAAGCAGCUCCAAUGCUCAUGCGGUAGACAUGAUGCACAUGAAGAAGUUUGUUGCUGAGUAUGCAGCACUUGAUCUGGUCAUGCAGCCAUUGAAACUGGCACUUGUGCUGGCCAACAAAUGUGAUUGUGGGUUUUCGCAUCUAAUGCUUGCAUGUCUUCUGUGCCCCAACAAGUAUCUUGCAAGCUUUGACAAGAAUUUCACUGGCACCUGGAACAAGCUCAAGAGCAAUGAGAUUAAGGUCUUGGUCAAGCAUUGGCCCACCUUCGUAUACAAGGACUACCAGUAUAACCCAAGCAACCACAAGAAGGGAUUAUUCUGUGGUCACCUCCUUAUCUGUGCAUGGUGCGCUAUAUACAUAGGCCCGUCAGCAGCAAGGCUAGGCCCUAACAGCAUGAUAGCUCGCACAAAGAGCGGCAACGCGAAACUGCAUGGCACUAACAUUGUAACCCUGCAGACUAUUGUGUAUGCCACUUGCCAGGCAUGCUUUGCUAUCAGCUCCAUUGAGAUGUGGAGCCCAGAUGACAGCACAUUCAACUAUCCAAUCUUUUACAGGUGGAUUGUGGAGCUUUUUGAAAGGUACCAAGCUGAUAAGUGGACAAAGGACACCCUUGCAUGGUGGAACAAGACGGUCUUUGGGGAUGAAUCAGGAUGUGCAAUACCCAAUUCAGGAGGUGAAAGCGACACAGAUAGGUCCAACAGCGAAUGGGAAGACCUGCACACAUUGUGCUGUGAACGCCGUGCAAUAGAAGAAGAAAAAUCUGCACAGGCCGCCAGUCUGGACACCGGCGCACAAAUUUCUGCUACACCUUUGUUGGGCCCGGCACUUGAAGCUAGCAACCUAACAACAGCGGCCCUGAACAUGCUCACAACAAUGGCUUCUUGCAUGAAUGCCCCCGGUGCCGACAACACAGACCACACAAUGAUGACCAGCUCAUCAAGUCCACCGCCUCUCAGACAACUUGCCACCCAGUCCUCUCGUCAUGGUCAAAGUAACCAGCGCAUGUUAUUGCGCAUCCUAGAUGAAGAUGAGGACAAAGAUGAAGACAUGUACCUGGAUGGUAGGCCCCGUGGCAUCUUGUCCAAGAGUCCCAUGCACUACAAGGAAGAUGGCACUGUAUGCCAAUCGCGCAAGCACAAGACCCUCAUGGACAACAACUCUGACACUGCUAACAACAACACCAGCAGUGUUGCCCAUCGCUCAUGCAAGCCCAGAUGUCUUGUUGAGGAGGAUGACAAGCACGAGCAUGACAACCACAACCAUGACAACCAUGACAACCAUGACAACAUGGUGCCGCAAUCGCACAAGUGCACGGCUGCACACGCUCAGUACGAUGAUGAUAGUAGCCACACCCCAAAAGCACGCAAGGCCAAGAUGAACGCUAGCACUACGUCGACUUCCAAGGGCAAGGGGAGGUCUUAG